AUGUCAGACACUCAAGAAGCAGUGAAACAUAACAGUAGUGCCGGGUUUUCAAGACUUUUAGUGAUAUGGGGAAUAACUUUGGUUCUCGUCGCAGUUGGUCUCGGUGCGACAUUAUAUCUGAUUGAAAAGUCAAAGCAAUCGGUGGUUCCGACAGCACCACCACCAUUACCCAUCGCUGCUAACCCGUCAGACAUACCACCCCCACCGCAAGAGGUCAACCUAUUUCUUCUCAACACUACUGCGCUGACGCUUGUCCCGGUUAAAACCGAACGACGACUCCACGCUGAACUUACCAAACGUUUGAGUCAAAUAGUCACAGCACUCAUUCAGGAGACACCACCCAACUUUAGAAACACGAUUCCGCGUGGAACAGUCCUGAACGAAGCCUACAUCGAUAGCCAACAAACCGCAUACUUGGACUUUUCAAGCCAUCUCACCGAUGGACAUAUCGGUGGGACAACAGCAGAACUUUUGACCAUUACGGCAAUUCUCAAAACCGUUUUCGACGCAUUUCCUGAUGAAAUUGAACAGGUUCAGAUUUUAGUUGAUGGCGAGGAAGUGAAAACGCUCGUGGGACACCUCAACCUUUCACAACCUCUACACCUGUUUGAAUAG